UUUGCAGCUCAACUUUCUCUCAUUAUUUUAUCCAACCCAUCAAGAUAGCAACCUUCAGAAAAUCCAACAUCAGCCAAACCAAAAAAUGGGCAACGCCAAUUCCACCGCCAUGAUCCGAAAGUCGCUUGUUUUGCGACAAAAGAAGGGUCAAUUGAUGACAGAACAACCCGCCACAGCCAAUGAUCAGGUUCCCUCUGUUGUCAAGCCCCAGCAUUUGUUGGCUGCAUUGGAGCGAUAUGGAGAAUCCAACCCAGAAGAACUCAUCAUGAUGGGUCUCUCUGGCAAAAGCACGGAAACCCGACGCACUUCUGCAACGGAUUGGGAAGACAGUGCUCGAACGGCAUCGUCCCGGUCCACAGACAAUGCUAUGCCAUUCGAAGACGACAUGAUGGGCACCAUGGAACCUCAAGAGAUUUUGCGAAUGCUGGAAAACUAUGGAACAGCCGGGCAUGCAUCCAGUGCAGAUGCUGCCAACAAGUAUUUGCAAAUGGCCAAGGUCUUGCAAGAAUGCGACAUGGACGAAGAGCAUGACGAUAUCUCGUCUCUGGUAGACAUGGCUACUGGGUGGUAGGAAAGCCUUCUUCUUUCGAUCUCUUAACAUCCAGCUUUUCCCUGCUGUUUCUGUGUUUCACAUGCUACCCUUGGCUUACAAUAAUUCAUAACUCCUAUUCUACUACUAGCUAGUCAUUCAUGAUGUACCAUCUACCUACCGCUAUCGAAGCUUUGAUAUUCACGCACCUUACUUGAAUGAAUCCUCCAACUCUGCUAGAGGCUUUUCCAGUUCUAGUAUUCUCUCCUGUGCUGGAGAGGGUAAAAAUGGAGCGGCACAGAAAGCAAGGUUUCCCACCUGGAGGAGAAGCAUGGCUGGAAGGGUACAGCUAGCACUAGCUACCGUCAUUGCCCUGCUUCUAGAGAAGUCAUAGGAUUCAGCAAAGAGUGACUGAUGAACUAUAUUUACAUAUUUACUACUCUGGAGCCGAACCACCAAUGACCAAUGGUUGGAUCUCUGGUAACUGUGCAGCUCUACUCUUUCAUUACAUGUAUCUGACUCAUCAGUGGUGGGCUAUCUUUUCUAAUGUUGUUCUGGAUUUCUAUUGUUCUCUAUUGCAAAGGCCGCAGUUGAGGCACUGAAGGUUUGCCUCGAGAACUGCGGGUUUGUCUUGUCCUUCCACCGUUCACCCGUCUUGCCGUUUUA